UUUCAUCUACACAGUGCGGUACAAAUGCAAAGUCGAUAACGACAGUGUUUUUGGUUAUCGGCGUCCCAGUCCACUGAGCUUGACGGUGUCGUUUAAAUUGUGUUGUCCUGCUGCAAAACCUAUUUUCCACUGUAAAAAAAAUCAUGGCAACUGACUGCGAGGCCUGGCUGAACGCAAACCCUGUUGAGGCUGAAGACCUGAGUGACUCUUUUGUAUCUGGUGAUGAAGACCAUGGCAGGUCGGCUAUAUGCAACAAAAACAUUAACAGCGAGAUCAAUGGAAACUGGCUGUCCUCCUCAAGCAACAGUAUCCAUGAGGCACGUCUCAAGGCCAAGGCAAAGCGGAGACUGAGGAAGAACUCCUCCAGGGACUCUGGCAGGGGGGACUCCCUCAGCGAAAAUGGGGAUGUGGUGAGGGGAACCUCUGUGGCUCCCACCAGCCCUAAGAGCAAGCUGCUGGACAGAAAGUCUCGACAGGGCAAGGGCAGAGGCCUGCCAAAGAAAGGCGGAGCUGGAGGCAAAGGUGUCUGGGGCCGAUCUGGUGAAGUGUAUGGGCCAGAGGAGGUUGACCAGAAAGACCCCAACUAUGAUGAAGCUCAGGAAAACUGUGUGUAUGAGACCGUGGUUCCUCCUCUGAAUGAAAGGGACUUUGAGAAGACGGUCACCCCCAUAGUGCAGGAGUACUUUGAACAUGGUGACACAAAUGAAGUAGCUGAGCUACUUGCAGAGCUGAACCUGGGGCCCAUGCGGAGUGAGGUGCCCUCACUGGCUGUGUCGCUGGCCCUGGAGGCCAAAGCCAGCCACCGAGAGCUCACCUCCAGGCUGCUGACUGACUUAUGUGGGCCCGUUCUGUCACACAGCGACAUGGAAAGCUCCUUUGACAAAAUUCUCAGAGAGCUGCCAGAGUUGGUCCUGGACACACCUGGGGCUCCUCAGCUGGUGGGUCAAUUUAUUGCACGUGCUGUUAGCGACCAAAUAUUGUCCAAGGGCUACAUUGAAGGUUACAAAGGCAGAGUUGACUGUGAAUACACAAGAGCGGCACUGGAUCGGGCAGCAGUGCUGCUGAAGAUGAGUCUGGGAGGCCUUCGCAUUGACAGCCAGUGGGGGACAGGCGGAGGCCAGCGACCUGUCAUACAGCUGAUCAAAGAGAUGAACUUACUGUUGAAGGAGUACAUCCUGUCUGGAGACAUUAAGGAGGCUGAGAGAUGCCUCAGAGAUCUGGAGGUUCCCCACUUUCACCAUGAGUUUGUUUAUGAGGCAAUCGUGAUGGUUUUGGAGUCCAAAGGAGAGAAAACAUUCAACAUGGUUCUGCAGCUUCUAAAAUCACUCUCUCUGUCCUCCAUCAUCACUGUGGACCAAAUGAGAAGGGGCUAUGAGAGAAUUUACAUGGACAUUGCUGAAAUCAACAUAGAUGUCCCGCGUGCAUACUUCAUCCUGGAGCAGUUUGUUGACAAAAGCCUCAGUAUUGAAGUCAUUGAUGUAAAGUUAAGAGAUCUUUGUCCAUGUCGGGGCCGGAAGAGAUUUGUCAGCGAAGGAGAUGGUGGUGUUGUCAAACUUGAAAGCUACUGAGCAGGCUUUUUAUGUGCCAGAAGAGGAAAAGUAUAUAAAGCUACUUUUUUACUUGUAAUUUUCAGGAUAGUUGGGUACAGUUUUCCCUUCUAACAGUUAAAAGAAUGUAGUGGAGGUGGGCAAAAAAAAAACCCUGCACUUUUGAUUAAGACUGAAGAUCACUUUCUCCAAGGUGUUUCAAUACAAACAUUUACAUAAGCUAACCUUUAAAAGUGCCACACCUGUCAGUGUCAGUCAUUCCUUGUUGUUUUGUACAGUAUUUUGUUGACUUCACUGCCCCUAUUUUUGUGUGUUCUAGAAAGCAGUGUUUGUACAGAGAUGACAAGUUUUGUGUUAAGAGCUUUAUAAAAGGGGAUUCAAAAAAUAAAGAGGAGUGUGUUCGUUCAUUACUGGCUCCCUAACUAGCUGCUCUUUCUAUGCUGUCCUUUUUUUCUUUUUACCCUUUAAAUCACACAAAGAUGUCAUUAUUGAAGGUAUCAACGUGGGUACAGUGCAAAACAGAUACCAGUUGGGUAACUUCAUAAAAUGGUGUUCAGAGUGUUUAUUUUUAUAUCUUGACAAUACUGGUUUGUGUAAUGUACCUGGUAUUGCCUCUUAUUUGUUCAUUAAACCACUAUUAAAAUA